GACAAUUAUGACGUAACUAAGACUGCUAAGCAACAACAAAAGCAGAACAAACAACGCAAAAACGAGUGAAAACAAAGUACAAAUCGUCCAGCUUGUAUUUAUGGAAAGUAACAGGAGACCGGAGGAUUCAAGCAGUGCUAAGCGAACCUGCAAAGGAGUGGUACAACACGAGAAAGAGAAAAUAGGUCCAAGGCGAAUAGUAGAAGGGAAAGCGAUUGCAUCACAGGCAAGGGAGUUUGAGAGCGAGCGCAUACAGAAGAGAAAGGAGCGCCUCAAGAGAUUGAUAGAAAGAAACAAGAAAGAAAACGGAGAAACCAUCAAAGAAGUCUGUAAAAAAGCCAGAGAAGCGGUUGAGGUUCUCGUGGAUGCCAAGAGACGCGAGAUGAUGGCCGUGGUGCGCGAGCUUCAAAGGAAACACGAGCAGGAGCUGCGGCAGGUGCGUGACAGAACCAGGCGAGAGACGAUCACACAGUUCGUGCGGGACCACAGUGACUACAUGCGGUGUGUCGAGGAUGACAUUGCGGUGCAACCAGACCAGCGCGAGAAGACGUGUGUGCCCGCAAGGAAUGACGUCACAGAGGAUGACGAGCAAAAAGAGCCGAUAUGCCACGCACAGAUGUCACUAGUCAACAGACUUCACGAUUUCCGGUUGGUGAUGUCACUUCCGGUGUUGGAAGGGCAAGGAAGCAGAAAACAACCAAGAGAAGCUGAAUGUCGUGGAGACAACCAAUCAGAAGACACCGCUGCCGGAAAAACAGAAGAUGCAAAAGAACAGGAAGAGAUCAGUCAAGAUGUGCGCGCACUGGUUAACAUGAACGAAUCAGAAGAGCCCGGGGAUGACAUCGACCAAUCAGUGGAGGGCCUGAAUGCAAUCAGGCAAUCAGAAGAGGCAGAAAAGGGGAUUAGCCAUUCAGAAGAUGUAGACGAAUGGAUUGGCCAUUCAAAUGAGGUAGAAGAUGAGGUUAGCAAAACACUGAUGGACAAUUGUACAGCAACGGAAAAUGACCGCAUCUCAAAUGAUGUGCAUGUGUUCAUUCCCGUCACAAGCUUAAGUCCAGAUUCCGCCGAAGAGCUGUUAGAUGCGAUGCAGAAUUUCGGCUACCAACCAGAAAUCACCGAGGAACAAUCAGAUGGAAUGCGAGACCCGGGUAACCAGCAAGAAAGCACAGAGGAACAAUCAGAUGGAAUGCGAAACCCGGGUAACAAACCAGAAAGCGCCGAGGAACAAUCGGAUGGAAUGCGAAACCCGGGUAACCAACCAGAAAGCAACGAGGAACAAUCAGAUGGAAUGCGAAACCCGGGUAACCAGCCAGAAAUCACCGAGGCUGCUGAAAAGAAGCAAAUCGGUGACGAGCCAAAUGGACUGGUGCUGGAUUGCUCUUGGUGUAAGGCGCAUGGAUUUGGAAUGAUGGCUUGUAGUGGUUGUAUGAGUAAGUUUUACUGUAAUGAGAUUUGCCAGGAGCGAGACUGGUCGCUAGGGCAUCAGUUUGACUGUCAGUACUAUAGCGUGGAUUGAGCGGAUGCAAUUGUACUCAAGAGCGACUUCAAGAGGGUUGUAGAAAAAUAAACUAUUUGUGAAAACAAUAAACAUAAGGAGAAUA